CUGAGUGGGGUGGGUGAAAUGCCCAAAGGUCCAGGAAGGAGUGCCUGCCUCUUUUUUCAAGAAGCUUGAAAACAGACAUUGCAAGAUGGGAAGGAAUGUUUAGAAGUGGAAAGGAAGUAGAGACAGCGAAGGUUGGACGUGGGCCUGUAGGAACGCUGCUAUGCUGUGUCGGGCUCCUUCAGAGGAGGAGACCAUGAAGGCGCUGCCCCUCCAGAUGGUUCAGGUGUGGUGUCUGAUGGAAAUGUUCACGGGGCGUUUCCAGGUGUUCUGCCACCUAGAUAUUCCCCUCACCAUGUUUGACGACUCUGUGGAUGAUCAGUAUAUUGACUGCAGCCCCACGACAGAAGUCAAGCCGCAGGAGCCAGGAAACGUUCCUCUGGGGAAAAAGUACAGUGAGACCUGGGAAAAAGCCAGAAGGCACUGGGCCAGCCUUGGCCAAGCGGCCACCGAUCUCAGCCCACUCUAUGGGACGGCGGUUGUGGCCUAUACAGUCGGUGACACCUUCUACAGCGAUUUCAAUAAUGCCAUACGGGAAGCCGGGAAAUCCCCAAGCUCUUACCACGACUUCACCUUCAAGGACGCCCACUUCCUCCUGACCAAGGCUGUUCAGGCCAGGAAGCCCAAGCACGGCUGCCACCGGGUCUUCCGCGGGAUACGUAACAUCCGUUUCAAUGUCUCUGACAAGGUGGUCCGUUUCGGACAGUUUGCUUCCUCGUCGUUGGAGGAGACGGUGGCCCAGAAAUAUGGUGAGGAUAGCUUCUUCAUUAUCAAGACCUGUUUCGGAGCGCAAAUUGACGACAUCUCAUUCCACCCGGAGGAAAGAGAAGUUCUAAUCCCACCCUACGAGACAUUCAACGUGACCCGCCACAGCGAGAGCAAAAAGGGAGUCGUCAUCACGCUGGAGUCCAGGGGCAUUUUCAGCCACUUCAACUGCGGAGUCAAGAACGCUGCAGGCCUGAGCUUCUUAACUCCCGUGGGGAUGCCUGUCCUUCUGUGGGGACUACUUCUGACCUGGGGCAUCCUUGGGCCUCUAGGAAGCCUCUGACAGCCUGGCCUGGCCAUCUUGGGACAGUGCACUUGUGAAGUGGGAGGAGAACAGGUUUGAUGUGCAAAAGAACAAGAAACUUGCAUUGAUUUUUCUCCUUCAGCCUUGAACGAGCACGCCCUCAGCCUGGUUUAUAUCGCCGUUCGCUAUUACUUUUCUUCUUUAGUUGUUAAUGGCAUCAAACACUAAAGAGUCCUUUUUUUAUCAGCAAUUCAUGCCAAAAAUCAGAAGGAGUCUGUUAGUGCCUUUUCCAGUGAAUAAACAUUAUGAAAAGGCUCUAUGCAUCUGACGAAGUAAACAUAGGCCUUUUCGUAACGUUUGUUAGAAAAGGCGCUGCCAGCUCCUUCUGAACUUUAGACGGUGCAAGGUUCCCCUGCCCCCCCUCACAGAAGAAAAUUAAGGGCUCGGGAGAACCAGCAGCGCCAAAGUCUUGGGAAGAGUGUGGAAAGCAGAAAAGGUGGACGGUGCAGUGCUGAAUCCAAAGGGCAUCUCACCGGCGCUUUCAGGAACAAGGCGGGGAUGCCGGCAAAUGCAGCAGUGAGCGGGUGAUCGCUGCGUUGGAGCUCCCAUGCCAUAUGUGGUGGGGUCCUCCUUUCUUUCUGCAGGGCAGUUGGCUGCCCCCUUCUCCUCUGCCCUGUUCCGGUUCUGAUAAAGCUCCUCUUCUAAAAAGGGAUUGCAUCAAUAAAAGAGCAUAUAUGCAGCUCAGGGUUGAACUGUGGAGUCCUUGGUGCCAAACACCAAACAAUCAGGCAGGAAACAACACUCUAAUCAAGGCACUGCCAAGGAGAAAACCGUGGCCGCACCCACACUGGCUGGGCAAGCUACUGUAGAUAGACAGGGAGCCAACCCCACACUCACCAGCACUGAUGACGUUCCCUAGUCAGGCAAUGAAACGCCUGCAAGCAGACGAGCUCAGAGAGCGCCAAGGACUCCAAGGGACUGUAUCCCUGACCCAUCACUGCCCCCUUUCCCUUCUCCCCCUGUGCUGGUAUUUCUCCUUCAUUUUCCUCCAUCAGAGUUCUGCAGUAAAGAAAUAGAUUUGAAUGUAACUAGACUGAAAUAAAUGUAGCUUCAUUAUAUCACUCCAAAUUCUGGAGCAUUUUUUCAGCUCAUUGAAUGUCUCAUUAUGUAUACGUAUUUUGGAUUUUGGACUUAGGAGCCAAAAAAUAAAGCAAUGGUUUG